UGCCGACUGUAUGUAUAGACCUACUUACUAUUAAAUGUAAGGCUCUAAUGACAAGUGUGCAAUCUUACAAACAAUCAUAUGUACUGUACCUCCUAAGUACUUGUUAUUCACUCCCAUGUAGCUAGUGAUAUAUUGUUCAUCGUAUAAUGCAGGUUUCACUGUUCUUAGGUCAAUACUCAGCUGGCUGACUAUAGUCAUUCAAAUUGCAAUCAAAUAACAUUUUGUUAACCAUUAAAUUAGUGUACUGGUGCAAAUCUGAACCAGAGCGACUUUUAAACGACAUCAUCUGCCACAGACGUCACUUCCAACACAGCCUGGCUUGCACCUCCCCCGGCUUUCUGAAGUUAGCAAACCUAGCUAACCAGUGGUGGUGGUGGACGAGGAAGUGGAGAUGGCCGAAUUGUCACUUUAUCUCACAAACGUUAACAUAUCUGUGGGGCAAACUAUGGAUAAAGAGAAGACUGCCAGCUUGGGGAAGGAUUUUGAGAAUGUAGAGCUUGGUGAUUUGGGCCUGAAAAAGCAAAAGGUUCCCCGAAGAACCAUAUACUUUGCCAGUGGGGAGACUAUGGAGGAAUACAGUACAGAUGAAGAGGAGGAAGAGCCUGAGAAGAAGGAAGCAUUGACCACAGUUGAUCCCUCAACACUCACAUGGGGCCCAUAUGUGUGGUUCCAAAUGUGGAGAAUGGCUACCUCAACCGUUUCAGUGUGUGAUUAUCUUGGCGAGAGACUGGCUGGACUCUUGGGUAUAACAUCACCGAAGUAUCAGUAUGCCAUUGACGAGUACUACAGAAUGAGAAAGGAGGAUGAGGAGGAAGAAGAAGAGAACCGCCUUGCUGAGGAGGCAGAGAGGAACUUUAACAAGGGGAGCCAAGAGGGUCAGCCGCCCAGGGUGGAACAGCCGGAGACAAACCCCUCGUUUGUGAACGUCACGUUUGAGCUGGAGCCAGAGCCUCAUUCAGCACCUGAUGCUGUACAUGUCCCUGCCCCUCUCCCCUCUUAAAGUCUACUAUUAAACAGAUGUCAGUCUUUUAGUUACCAA